GUCAAUCAGUAUCUGAUUGGCUUAUUGUACUUAGUCAAACAAAAAAUUGAAAUGAAAUUCAAUUAAGUGAUUUAAAUAGAGGUAUGAUUUAUUUGAUACUUUGUGAAGAAAGAAAAAAAAAGUUAAUUUUAUGCGUUGUAUUUAGGAUCAAUGUAUAACUUUAAAUUUGAAAAUGCAGCUGUAGCAAAUAUAUAGUUUCAACGUUUGAAAGAAGCAUCAACAUUUAAACAAAAUAAUGGUUGACGUUCAGAAAAUUUAAUUGCAUUAGAUUAAUACUUCUAACCAAAACAAAUUCAUAAUUUGUUUUGGAUAAUUACGUUAAUAUUUGAGAAUUAAUCAUCAUUAUCACUGGUCACGAAUAUACGUGCCGAUAUUUAUUAUUGAAAACAAGAAGAAAAAGCAAAAAACCACGAAGCUUCCUUAUCUUUCUUUUUUUUUUACCUAUAUUUCUUAUUUUUUGUGUAUGGUAGAUAUUUUAGUUUAGUAUAUCUAGAGGUGUAAGCCGUGCGACUGAGCCGCCGCCGCCGCCGACUUUUAAGAAAAAAAUACAGCCGCCGCCGCCGACUUUUAAGAAAAAAAAUACAGCCGCCGCCGCCGUAGGGGCAAAAAACUUAAAAAUUUCUCAGCCGCCGCCGCCGAAGGCUGAGAGUUUCGGAGCCGCCGCCGCCAAUGGACCAAAAAUAAUUAAAAUUUUGGAGCCGCCGCCGCCGACGCCGUGACAUUAAUAUAAAUAUUAGGUUUCCAAAAAUUUUUAGUCUGACAAAAAAACAUAUUUGAAUGUAUCCACGAAGAAAGGAUUUAAAACCAUUCUAUCUUAUAGGUACCUUCAUGAAUAUCUCGAGUAUAAAUAUCUCGAAUAUGAAUAUCUCCUCUGCUCUCGUUUAGAUCUCAAAAAAGAGAAGAUCAAACUUUUUUGUUUUAGUUCUUAUUAUGCUAAUAUAUGUAUCAUGAAUCUUUUUUAUUUUUUGCAAAAUUCGUCGACAUGAUCAUUAAGUUUUCAGAAUAGACUUAUAGAAGACCGAUAGGGUGUGCCGUAAGAGUUAGCUCUUUAUCAAAUAUGGUAGUAGCUUUAGAUUAAUUUUCAGUAAAGAGGGAACAUAUUUAAGCUAAACUUUUUCAUUCAUAAUCAGUUCUUUUUGAAUCGAUUUCGUAUAAUGAUUAAAUACUUAUGGUUCUCGUGCAGUAACAACAGCUUCAUAUCUUUUAAGAGUCGAAAAUGUUGGAGAUGUUCACUUGUCGUUUGACAAAGAUAGUUGAGCUGUUGUUGGAUGCAGUAAACAAACUUUCAUAUAUUAUAGCAGAUACAAUGAAACAUUAUGUGUCAGCAUUUUUUUGCUGAGGAUUAUCAACGUUUAUAGUGUAUUUUUCUUUGUAUACUGUGUAUGUUUCGAUUCAACUGUUUCAAAAAAAGUCUGUUAAUUAUUGAUCUGUUGAAAGCAACGCUUUAUCCGAGGUGUACCCAGAUCGAAAAUGAGUACAAUACUAAUAAUAUUUUUGACAAAGGACUGUCUCUCACGACAAAUCUUAAUGUUCUUCUACAAGUCUUUUCUGAAAACUUAAUGAUCAUGUCGACGAAUUUUGCAAAAAAUUAAAAAGUUUCAUGAUACAUAUAUUAGCAUGAUACGAACUAAAACAAAAAAGUUUGAUCUUCUCUUUUUUUUAGAUUUAAAUGAGAGCAGAGGAGAUAUUCAUAUUCGAGGUAUUCAUAUUUGAUACAUUCAUGAAGAUAUCUAUAAGAUAGAAUGGUUUAAACCCUUCCUCCGUGGAUAUAUCCAAAUAUUUUCCCACGUCAGAACCAGUUUUUAGGUUUCUUUCAACCUAGUCUCUUAUUAUAACGUUUUGUAUUGAUGUUCCUUUUCGUUUUUUCGCUUCAAACUUUCUCAAAAUUGAAAAGUUUUUUGAAAAAUAACUAAAAGCAACUCCAGCCGCCGCCGCCGACGUAUAGUUCGUUCCUAGCCGCCGCCGCCGAAGCACCAAAAAAAUUAACAAUUUCGAGCCGCCGCCGCCGAUCAGGGCGUCGGCUUACACCUCUAAGUAUAUCAUCGCGUUCCUUUUUUUUCUAUGGAUAUUGUUGUGUGUGUUUGUCGAAAAAUAAUGUUUUCUUUUCGUGUGCAAAUUUUGAUAUAUUGAAACAAGAAAUAAUAAAAAGCGCAGUGAAACAGUCAGCGCAGAAAACUAGUACAAUGUCUUUGCUCUUGUAAAAUUUGGCAAAGUAAAAUAAAGCAAAUGAAAGCAACCAUUGUACAGCAAAAAAAAUUAAAAGAAUAUGAAAAUAUUUUGACUACUAAAACUUUCAUUCAGUUAAUAAAGAAUAUCGGAUAUGAAAGGUUUGUUUUAUUUCAGAUAAGUUUUUCGUUGAAUGGAACGAUCAAGGUCAAAUGACGAAAUUCGAAAUCGAAGGCCAAUGAAUAAGAAAGUACCAGCUGGGUAAAUAAUUAUUUACUAUUGAUCUGAAAUGAAUUGUGUUUUUAUAUAUGUAGUUGGCUUGAUUAUUUUCCAUUGAAUACUGGAUUGAAAAUAGUCGUUUUGUUCCAUUUAAAUGUUCUUUACGUUGGGUUAAGUAUAAUACAGUUAAUAGAGAAUAAAAUCGAAUAUGAAUAGUUUGAUUUUUUUGUAGCCAAUCUUACGAAAUAUUAAUAAACAAGACCGGUUUUCUAUAAAUGAUUUAAUUGAUCGUUUGGAAAAUCAAGGACGAAAAAUCGGUUUAAUUAUUGAUUUAACUGAUACUUAUUUGAUAUUAUGAUUAUCGAGUAAGACCUAUUGCAGAUCAAUAUAAAAAAUUAAGUUUUUUUUGUUAUAUGAAAAAAUAGGAUGUAGAAGAUAUGGGUAUCGAAUAUUGUAAAAUUCGAGUACCAGGACAUCAAGAUGUGUCAGAUAAAAGUUGUCAAAAAUUUUUUCAUGUUGUUAACACGUUCUUACGAGAUAAUCGACAAAAUGGUAUUCAUUGUACACAUGGUAUUAAUCGAAGUGGUUAUUUUAUUGUUAGAUAUUUAAUUGAAAUACUUGGUCAACAGCCAGAUAAUGCUAUUGCUGCAUUCAAUCGAGCACGUGGACAUUCAAUAGAAAAAAAUAUUGAUGACCUUCGAAGGCGAAAGCCGAUGAAUGUUUCUUCUUCAUCAUCAUCAUCAGAUCAAGAAGAUGAUGAUUAUUAUAUAGAACGAGAUCGACCAUUACCAUAUAGUAGGCCCUCAAUAGAUCCAACUUUAAAUGAUAUCUCAUCGGAAACGUCAAAAAUACUUGUAUAA